UUCUAAAAACCCACUACACGUGAUAGUUGUUAUUGUUGUUGUUGCUGUUGCGUGUGUCCGAAUUGCCUUUCAAAAGUCAAAUCAACUAACGUAAUUCGGAAAACCAUGUUUAAAACUUUCUAAAAUUACCCCAGGACCACGAGAGCACAUCCCAUUUUGGACACCACUAACACUAUGGCUGGUCCGCCGGCGGACGACAUAUAAAUAUCGCAGACCGGCCACCAAAACCACUAAAGAACAGCACCACUUGAAGAUUGGCAAAUCCAGAGAAGCCGGACAGCAUGCAAUCCCUGCGCAGCUGCCCGGCUCGUGGCCUAAUCCUCUCCAGCGCCAUCCGCGGCGGCCAACGCAGCCUGCGCAUGAGUUGGCCACGGAAGAGCGUCGCGCCAGGUGCAGGUGCAGGAGGAGGAUUAGGAGCUGGAGCUGGAACUGGAGGCACCACCGCCACCGGCACCAUCCGCUUUGCAGCGCUCCAAAAGCUACGAGAAUGGCAUGCCAACGCCUUUAGCAGCCGCUUCCUGCUCUUCACCAACGUGGGCAUCUCGCUGUCCCUCAGCUGUGUGGGCGACAUCCUCGAACAGCAUCUGGAGAUCUAUUGCGGCGAAAUCGAGCGCUUCGAGUCCACCCGCACCGCGCACAUGGCCAUCAGCGGGGUGACGGUGGGCGUGAUCUGUCACUAUUGGUACAAGAUGCUCGACAAGCGUCUUCCCGGGCGCAGUAUGCGCGUGGUGGCCAAGAAGAUCGUGCUCGACCAGCUAAUCUGCUCGCCCAUCUACAUCACCGUGUUCUUCGUCACACUGGGCCUGCUGGAGCGAAAGGACAAGCACGAAGUGUGGGAGGAGAUCAAGGAGAAGGCCUGGAAGCUGUACGCCGCCGAAUGGACCGUGUGGCCGGUGGCACAGUUCGUCAACUUCUACUGGAUUCCCACCCAUUACCGCAUCUUCUACGACAACAUCAUCAGCCUGGGUUACGACGUGCUCACCUCGAAGGUCAAGCACAAGCAGUCGCACUCGCACCUCAAGAAGAUUCCCUAACCCUGCGCCAGCCUCUUCCCUUGUAACUAUUUAUUAUCAAAGCAAAAACCUUGUAAAUACAGACGAGAUCCCGUGUACAGACUAAACAA